CUUCUAAUCAUACAACGAUAACUACACCAACAAGUGUUACAGUUCAAUCUAAUCCGUCAUCACCAAUUUCACCACCGGAUUCAAUACAACCUAAUUCAAUGGUAUCAGAAUUACAAACAUUCUUCAAAGAUUUAAUGGCU